AGCAAAAUUCCGAACGAACGUGAACGAGGCCGCUUCAAAAUUUCUAUCUUCACGACUUGGUUUGUGGUACAGUUCUAUUUGGGUUCUCCACUCGCAAGGAGUGAAUGCAAGCUACACGAUUCGCCAGAACGUGCUUUGUGAGGGCGGCUGUGGGUAAAGUCUUCUUCUCCACAACAACCGGUAUGUUGGCUUCAACCCCACCCAAACGAGGCGCCCUGGUCGUUCUAGAAGGUUGCGACCGCUGUGGCAAAUCUACGCAGGCUAGAAUGCUAUCUGAAGCUCUGAACAAGUCGAACCUGACAGCGAAGACCAUGCAAUUCCCCGAGCGCAGCACGGCCAUCGGUGGCAUUAUCAACUCUUACCUGUGCAAGGAACUGGAGCUGGACGACCAUUGCGUGCAUCUGCUUUUCUCUGCCAAUCGCUGGGAACUGCAAGGAUCCAUGACCAAAGCGUUGGAGGCGGGCACGACCCUGAUUGUUGAUCGCUACGCCUUUUCUGGAGUGGCGUUCACCGCAGCAAAAGAGGGUUUCAAUCUGGAUUGGUGUAAGAAUCCUGAUAGAGGACUACCAGAACCAGACCUAGUGCUAUAUUUAGACUUAGCUGUGGAGGCAGCAGCGCGCCGCGGUGCUUAUGGAGAGGAGCGGUACGAGCGCACCGAUUUCCAGCAGCGCGUCUACGACAACUACCAGCAGCUGAAAGCGGACGAUUGGAAAGUGUUGGACGCAGAUACCAGUAUCGACAACCUCCACAGUCAAAUCUUGUCCUUAGUCGAAAACACGAUAUCCUCAUGCGCAGACAAGCCUAUCGGAAAACUCUGGACGAAGUGAGUGCUUCGUUCUGAACAGUAAAUCAGCACACGAAUCUGGAGUGAGUCCCAUUGGUGAUGAGAUUCAGCCGCUCUCUUCAGCGACUAUCACCGCCAUUCUGAGCCGUUAUUCAUCACUGUUAUUCUGAGCAGAAGCUGCUGGUGUCCAGUAACCUUCCUCUACUUUGCCGCCAUUGCUGCCAUUGUUGUUGGUUGUGAAAUAUGCAGUAAGACUCAAGAGAGCAAUGCCACCUUUCUUCCACACACUGAACUCAGCUACCGUAGUACUAUGCUUGAUACUCUCACUCACGCUGCUGCUUCUGCUGCCGGAUACCCCCGGAUAAGCUGCUCUGCUCGUUUCAACCCAGCAGCGUGUCCCUGCCCUGCCCACCCCCGCUCCAGCACCCCGAGACUCACCGCUGUACAGAUAUAGUCCCCCUGCCCUGCCCUCGCUCCAGCACCCUAUUAUAUACAUACGCACAAAACCGUUCAAUUAUUUGCACAUUUCACCAUGCGUGGUUGUGCUCUUUUUAUUUUGUUUUUGAAACUCGGAUGUUGAGUAAUUAAGUGUCCACCGCUGCAACUAGAUACUAGAAUUAAAUUAUUGUUUGAAAGUGCAACGUACACAACAAAUGUAUAA